AUGUCCUCAGCUGGGUCUACUGGGGUAUCUCCUGAACGGACUGUCCCCAUCUUCGCUGCCAGUGUGCAGGCCGAAAACUCAAAUCCCUUGCCACUUGCCCCGGGCUCGAAGGAAGCUGGCAAGAGCAUCCCUGCAAAGAAGAACAUCGCCGCUCUAUCCACUUCGAAGUUGGCGAAUCAAGGCCUUCCAAAGAAGAUGAAACUCAGCUAUGAUAGCUCGACCACCGAUCAGGUGUACCCUGUGGAUAAAUUCCUUGCGAAGCUCUCCGAGCAGCAAUCUGCCCUGAAUCAGCAAAACGAUGCCAACAAGCUCAGGGACGAAACCAACCAGUAUGCGAGAGCAUUUGAUCAUGCAUCUUCGAGCAACUCUCUUCCCGUCACUCCUGUUACUGAUGCUUUCCCGAGCACAGCUCCUACCACGCGCCCUGCAAGUGCCACCUUGGAUGAAGCUCGUAGCGAGAGCGAAGAGGUAAUGCGUUUGAAGUUACAGCUCGCUCAGGCACAGAACGAAAUCUCGAAGCUUGAUCAAGAACUAGCCGAGACACGCGUUGUGAAGACUACAGCCGAUGUGCCCCCUUUCGGAACCCGCGGUCCAGUUUACCCCCCUCGCGAGAAUGCCUGGGGCCCUCCCGAUGACAGUCAUUCUGACACCAGUGACGCUAUGUCCGCUUCCACAUUCAAUCGUACCCGAGAGAUCUGGGGCAAUCAGCCAAUUUUUGCCAACACAGUCCAGACACCAGUCAUUGAACCAACCCCAGGAAAAUGGCUCGGAGGGCGUCUCUUCAGCCAACCGUGUUCUGAACCUACCGGAACGCCCUUUCCCGUGAUGGAAGGAUAUCGAAGUGAACGCCUGACCCCAGAUACGGAGAUGAUGCGAUCGAACUACGGGCGUCGAGGAAACCGCUUCGAGGGCCGUUUCAACUCACCUCAACCAUUCGGACCUGGCUGCAGAGGAGGAUUUAAUAGUCCCAUGAAUCAGUCCGACUACAUGGGAAGUCCUGCACCUGGAGCACCGUCGAAUGCUCCCCAAGGAUUGGGUCCUAUGGGUGUGUACCCACCAUAUCCCAACCCCGCUGGAACACCUCUCUCGCCUCACGCUUCCGAGUUCACCACUGGUUCUGGGUGGAAGAAUGAGGUGUUGGCCCCCGAUGACCAGACCUACCUCGCUCCGACAGAGCCGCUGAAUUAUCGCCGACUUUUGGAUCGCAAUGUGAACUGCAACUGGAAGUACAUUGUCGACAAAAUCGUCUGCAACAACGACCAACAAGCUUCCAUCUUUCUGCAGCAGAAGCUCAAGGUUGGAACCGCUGACCAGAAGUUCGAAAUUGUCGACGCGAUCGUCGCCCAGGCCUAUCCAUUGAUGAUCAACCGCUUUGGCAACUUUUUGGUGCAGCGAUGCUUUGAGCAUGGGACACCUGACCAAGUCAUCAACAUCGCGGAAGCCAUUCGGGGCAACACGCUGAAUCUCUCUAUGGAUCCCUUCGGAUGUCAUGUCGUUCAAAAGGCAUUUGACUCUGUUCCUGAAAACUUCAAGGCUAUCAUGGUCCACGAGCUUCUUCGUCGAAUCCCGGAGACGGUCAUUCACCGUUAUGCCUGCCACGUCUGGCAGAAGCUUUUUGAGCUGCGUUGGACAGAGUCACCCCCACAAAUCAUGAAAUUUGUCAAUGACGCUCUGAGGGGCAUGUGGCACGAGGUUGCCCUGGGAGAGACCGGUAGUCUUGUCGUGCAGAACAUUUUUGAAAACUGCCUCGAGGAGGAUAAGCGCCCUUGUAUCGAAGAAGUCCUUGCCAACAUUGACAUCGUCGCCCAUGGGCAAUUUGGCAACUGGUGUAUCCAGCAUAUUUGUGAACACGGUGCUCCCCCGGAUCGCAGUCGAGCUAUUGACCAUGUUAUUCGUUACGCCGCUGAGUACAGUACCGACCAGUUCGCUUCAAAGGUCGUCGAGAAGUGUCUCAAAAUUGGAGGUGCAGAAUUCCUUGGUCGUUACCUAGACCGAGUCUGUGAAGGUCGUCGUGACCGUACUCGCAUCCCACUGAUUGACAUUGCAAGUGACCAAUACGGCAACUAUCUCAUUCAGUGGAUUCUUAACAAUGCCUCUCCCCAGCAUCGCGAAAUCGUUGCUGCCCACAUCCGAAAGCACAUGGUUUCACUGCGAGGGUCCAAGUUCGGCUCCCGAGUUGGUAUGCUUUGUACCAACCACGCGGUCGCAACUCGUCCUGGUCCUGGUGCUGGCCCUGGGAUGGGCGGACGCAUGGGACCUGGGCCGCGCUACAACAAUGGUUACCGCUAA